AUGGACUUCUGGGAGGAUGUUGUUGGGAGAGACCCGGACAAACUUGCUAUGUUAUUCGAACAAUGGGCUUGUUCACGAAAUCAGACCGUCUGCAAACAAGAAGACCUUGCUGACUGCCGCCAACUGUGCACCAGGUUUUGUAGGAGCGGCUUGCGAAGCAUCUUGAAACGGAAAACAAAGAUGCCAUUCCACCAGGACAUGCCUUUUGUCAACCCAUCCGUGAUAGGCACUGUGCUGAAAAUUUGUAAACUCCGUGAGGCACGGAAGACUGGGAGCUGUCACUGGGUGAAGCUGACUCAAGCCCAACUCCAAGAGCAUAAGGCACAGCUGAAUGAACAUGGGCAAGCAGGUGAGGUGUUGAAGAAAAAGAGGAAAAAAAAAUCUGAUGCGGGUGUAGUGCGUAAGAGACGCCAGAUCACUCAGAAUAGCAAGAAUGAGAGGGAGCUGAGUGGGGUGAAGGGAGGCGAGAAGGCUUGGGGAGGGGGAAGUAUCCAUGGGUUUUGUGACAUAAGCAGGGGGAAGGGGCAGUUAGAGGGAAAGGAGUGGUUCACUGUUGAUGGUGAUGGUGAUGGCAACACUGGUGAGGAGAUUGUGAUGACUCAUUAUAGCGAUGUUGUGUUGUUGCAUCAACAUCAUAUGCCACGUUUACCCCUUUAG